CACCGAACAUGGCUGCCGUAGGAUCGUUGGAGGAAACGGCAUUAAAAAGAAAGGAAAGAUUGAAAAAUCUCAAAAAUAAGAACAAAGGGGAUGCAUCAGAAAAUGGACAGGAGAAUGAUGCCGAUACAGAGAAAGAAAAAUUACCAAGGCCAGUGUUUAGGAGCUACAAACCCCUUGAUGAGAGCUUAAAAGAAAAUUCUUUACCCUCAGUGAAGCCAGAGGAUGUUGCUGACAAAGUGAAGAGUCAGUUGGAGGCUUCCAAAACACAUGAUGUCCUGGAGGAAGUGGAUUUAGUGAAUCUGGCGCCUCGCAAACCAGACUGGGAUCUAAAGAGAGAUGUGGCAAAAAAGCUGGAGAAACUGGAACGAAGAACUCAGCGAGCAAUUGCAGAGUUGAUUAGGGAGAGAUUAAAAAGAAGUGGAGAAGAUCUAGCACAGGUGGUGAAUGCAGGAGCAGCACAUCCAGAUAAUGCUGCUGCUGAUGAUGAUGAUGAUGACAAUGAUUGAAAUGCAGACAUGGAGAUGAUUAAGGACCAGUUUAUAUUAGUAAUUGAACGUGAUGGGAAAAUGUUGUGACAUGAUUAUUAUCAAACAGUGGAAGACAAUGUUGAAGAUAUAUUUUGAGAUAAAGUUACGUUAUGCCAAAUGGAAAGAUUAUUGUGUGGUACAUGCAUGUUAUAAUCACAAAAGGCCAUCUC